AUGGUGAAAUUGUCCCGUCUCCUCCGCGAGCGCCACCACCACCAGCGCCACCACCUGACGCCUUGCAUAUGCCCGCACACUUCGGGGAAGAUGGUACAGAAGGACGGCGACAGUGCGGUGCCCCAGCGAAAAGCACAUUGCCUGGGCUUGAAGAGCCACAACACCUCGCACAAUAACCACCAUAGCUCCAGCUAUGAUGACCGCCACAGCCAGGACCGGGUAUUCGAGGAACCAGUCAGCACCAUCAGCUCUCAUCCACUUUCCCGUCGAAGUAACGGGCUCCGGGAAUGCCGUAGCAACGGGUCCCUCAGGGCUCUAGAGGUGUUACCAGGUGGAGGAUGGGACAACCUCCGUAAUCUGGACAUGGGCCGAGUGAUGAACUUCAGCUAUUCCCUGUGCCAGAUGACAGAAGACGGAGUCUACCUUAUUCCUGACGACAUUUUUGUGAUACCCCAGAAGGUUGCCAAUGUGGAGACCAACUCUGAGAUCAUCUCCUCAUGGCUUGACUAUCGCAGCACCACAUCUUUUUCCAUCAACGUAGAUGCGUCUUUCCCCAUCGAUGAGAUAGGCCUAAAUGCAAAGUUCUCCGUAGAGUUUGCACGUAUGAAGAUGCACCAGGUCGGGGAUACUUCUGUUACUGCUCGUACUGAAGUGCGGAAUCAUCUCUACACCGUUAAGUCGUACCCAGAAUUCACCCUGGACUCUCGGUUUGCCCGUCAGGCUGAGGAAAUUGCUCACGCCAUAGAAAACAACCAAACUCGCCAGGCAGCUUACCUAUCAGAGAUGCUGGUACGUGAUUAUGGAACGCACGUGAUAACAACUGUUGAAGCUGGUGCUUCCUUGGUGCAAGAGGACUACCUCAAGGCUUCUUACGUUUCUGACAUGGACAGCUUCAGAAGCACUGUCACAGCAUCGGCUGGAAUGAAAUUCUUUGAAAAACUGAAAUUUGACAUUGGCACCAAUGUGACCUUUGAGACGUCAGAUACUCGCACAUACACAGAAAAUGUGACGUACUCUGUGACCUUAAGCCAUGGCGGGGCACUCUUUUAUCCCGGAAUCACUCUUCGAAAAUGGCAAGACAGCACUCUGAACAACCUGGUAGCCAUCGACCGUAGAGGUUUGCCUAUCCACUACGUCCUCAACAAGGCCGUGCUCCCCAACCUCCCAGAACCCUCUGUGCGUAAACUGGCCUUGUCAGUUCAAAAAGCUGCCCGGCGUUACUACACCGUCAACAGGCGCCCAGGUUGUGUCAAGCCAGAUUCAAAGAACUUCGACUUUCAGGCCAAUGUAGAUGACGGCAGCUGCGAAGGACCAGCCGUUAACAUGAGUUUUGGUGGCGUUUACCAACAUUGCACCGAGCUCACCUCAGAUGCGGGCCCAAUUUGCGAUGCCCAAAGCCAGAAAAACCCAGACACUGGGAACUACUCUUGUCGUGCCCCUUUUCGAGCAACCCUGUUGCAAUCGCAUAACGUGGAAGAAGGCUACAGUAAACGGCAAUGUCAGCGGCAGUGCCACAAGUGUUAUUUGAUUUUAAAAUGUUGCCAAGAAGUGUGUGUUGAUGCCAACUAUGUCAGGCGUGCCAAAAUCGAGACCUACUGGUGCUCCACAAAUGAAACCCAGCAGUACUCUGGCUUCCUCUUUGGUGGCCUCUAUGGCCCUUCCCAGGACAACCCCUUGACGAAAUCCCGCAGUUGCCCUCCUUACUUCAUCCCACUCAAACUGCUCACCAACGGCCUGACCGUGUGCUUGACUAAAGACUAUGAGGUCGGUACCCAAUACUCUGUCCCUUUUGGCGGGUUCUUCAGCUGCAGUGCCGGCAAUCCACUCAUGGGCGGCCAAAGCCGCUGCCCGGCCCAAUUUAGUCAGCACCUGGCGGCGAUCAUCGAUGGAUGUGAGGUGCUGUACUGCGUCCAAUCAGGGAUGUUCGCAAGUAGGCAGCUGCUGCCCAUACAACUUCCACCCUUCACCCUCGAACCCCUCAUCUAUAUGGCGGCAAGCGACACCAUUGCGGUCAUGACCGAGGGGGACAAGGUCUGGAUGCGAGUCAGUGGCACCAACAAGUGGAAACUGGUCGAUGCAGACGAGGUCCAAGACAUGAUUGAGCAGAUGAACCACCACGAGAUGACGGGAGGGGAGAAGGCUGGCGUUGCCAUUGGGGUUAUCACCCUGGUGGCGCUGGUGGUGAUUGGUGCAUACUUCUUUAAGAAGAGUAGGAGUCCCUCUAUUCCUCUUCUUGAUGAAGAAGACCAGACAAAUGAGGAAUACCCCCCAGGUGACUCUCCUCAGGCCUGA